CCAUUUUAUGCUCAAAACAACUAACGUGAAUUUGACCAAAUCGUCUCGCAACGUCGGGAACUGUGUAGAACUAUGGUGAACAGAGAAUGGAAGAUUGCCCAAAAGUUCUCUGGAAGCUCCCUGAAAGUACUGGCGUCAUCACAGACUCAGUCUCUCGCGUCUAUAAACGACAGCCAUGCCUUCGACCAAGCAUCGGAAGAAAUCUGUUCAUCACAUACUCUCAACGACGCUAACUUAUUCGCUGUUUGGCUGACAUCAAUACAAUGUCUCUGAUUCCAAGCAUCUUUGGAGGUCGCCGGAGCAACGUCUUCGAUCCAUUCUCUCUCGAUGUCUGGGAUCCGUUUGAAGGAUUCCCGUUCUCUAACACCGUCGCCAAUGCGGGUGGCUCGGCCAGCGAGACGUCCGCGUUCGUGAACACGCGCAUCGACUGGAAGGAGACGCCGGAGGCUCACGUGUUCAAGGCGGAUCUUCCGGGGCUGAAGAAGGAAGAGGUCAAAGUGGAAGUCGAGGAAGGGAGAGUGCUGCAGAUCAGCGGAGAGAGGAGCAGAGAGGAGGAGGAGAAGAAGGACAAGUGGCACCGCGUGGAGCGGAGCAGCGGAAAGUUUCUGCGGAGGUUCCGGCUGCCGGAGAAUGCUAAGAUGGAACAGGUGAAGGCGUCCAUGGAGAAUGGCGUCCUCACUGUGACGGUUCCCAAGGAGGAAGUGAAGAAACCUGAGGUUAAAUCCAUUGAGAUAUCGGGUUAGACUGCUUUGAAUAUGGACAUCCGUUUUGUGAAUUUGGGAGAUAUAAUGAGUUUUGAUUGUUUUUAAUGAAUGUCUGAGUUGUUAAAAUUUCUUAUGAAUGUAAUGUAAAAUUGUAUGCCUGCAGAGUGCAGUCCAUCUUUAUCAAUAAUUUGUGUGUUCUUCUAUGCAUUGCUUUCCCACAAACAUUAAACUUUGUUUACUGAGAAAUUUAUCUGACAAAAUAAAGCCAUGUGCGGAUGUAGAACAUGUUAUGAACUCGCAGAGCCAUAUUUGGUAAAGCUCAAAUUAUUUAAAAGUCUGGGUUUGUUCAAAC